GAACGAAAGCUCGCCCGUCCUGUGGAAUUCGGACGGAGCUUUCAGAAGUCGCUACGCUCUGUAACGGAACGGAACCGAGCUUUAGUCUAUACCGUGCGCCCGUGCAGUGUGGGAUCGAGCCUGGACCAGGCUUUUCCGCGCGUUUUUCCCGAUUCUCCCGCAGUUUUCCGAUUUUUCGCGUGCAGUUUGUGUGUUUGGUUUGUUUGUUUCGAAAAGAUCGAGUUUUUAUUUUGUGUCCAUUCUUUUUUUGGUUUAUGUCUUUUGGAUAUAAUGACUUCGAGCGAUACGUGAGGCCAUCGGAGACUUCCACGUGGUAACCCCAGUCUUUCAUCCCAAAUUAGAAUCCUCGAAUUCGCAAGAAUACCCGUGUAGUGUCGAUCGUCGAUAAGACAGUGAAAAUAAUGCGUGCGUACUUUUGGUACGCAGUACUACUUUUCGGGUCGUGGUGUCAGUGCGAAACGAACAACGGCGAUCUGGGGUACCGCAUCGGGUACUCGUCGUCCUCCACGUCCUCCAGAUGUCCGAGAGGAUGCUCCUGUUCCGGCACCACCGUGGACUGCUCCCAUCGAGGACUGACGCACGUGCCGAAGAACAUACCGUUGGACACCGAAAGAAUAGAUCUUCAAGGAAAUAAUUUCACUACAAUAUAUGGAAAUGACUUCGAGGUUCUUACCAAACUCAGAAUUCUCCAACUCAGCGACAACCAAAUCCACACCAUCGAGAGGGAUGCCUUCCAGGACCUCACGAACCUAGAGAGACUACGUCUCAAUGGGAAUAACAUCAGGCACAUACCUGACAACUUGUUCUCCGCCAUGCCUAAUUUGCUCAGACUGGACCUCAGUCAUAAUUUAAUCACUGUAAUUGGAAGGAAGACGCUGAAAGGCAUCCUGGCAGUAAAAAAUCUUCAACUGGACAACAAUAUGAUAACCUGCAUUGAUGACCAAGCGCUGAGAAGUUUCAAAGACCUCGAAAUUUUGACCCUGAACAACAACAACCUAACCUGGAUCGGUAAGGACAUGUUCAGCAACAUGUUCAGACUCAGGACAUUACGCCUGAAUGACAACUUACUACACUGCGACUGUCAGCUGUCAUGGCUUGCUAGAUAUCUGCGUCAUUCACCAAGGUUAGCACAAUAUACGAAAUGCCACUCACCCAACCAUCUUAAGGGUCAAAAUGUGGCCGAUAUACAAGACCAGGAGUUCAAAUGUUCCGGUCUGGCAGAAAGAGCAAUCAAUGGAGAAUGUAUCAGCGAACCUCAAUGUCCACAUCCUUGCAGAUGUGCUGAAGGAAUUGUCGAUUGUAGAGAAAAGGGCUUGACCAAAAUACCGGAUCAUCUACCAGAAGGCACAACAGAAUUGCGGCUUGAACAAAAUGAAAUCGCAGAAAUCUCCGCCAAGGCUUUUGCAGCACACAAAAGAAUACGAAGGAUAGAUUUGAGCAACAAUAAAAUUUCCAAGAUUGCACCAGACGCUUUCAUAGGACUCAAAGCCUUGACUUCAUUAGUUCUCUAUGGGAACAAAAUCAAGGACCUGCCUGCCGGGGUUUUCCAAGGACUAAUUUCCCUCCAACUCCUGCUUCUGAACGCAAAUGAGAUCUCGUGUAUCCGGAGAGACACUUUCAAAGAUUUACGCAGUCUGAGUUUACUCUCGCUCUACGACAACAAUAUCCAGAGCUUGGCUAAUGGCAGUUUCGAUUCGCUCAAAAGCAUUCAGACACUGCAUUUAGCAAGAAACCCUUUCAUUUGCGACUGCAACCUCAAAUGGCUCGCCGAAUACCUUCACCAGAACCCGAUAGAAACAUCUGGAGCCAGAUGCGAUUCUCCUAAACGUAUGCAGAGGCGUAGAAUAGAAGCGUUGAAAGACGAAAAGUUCAAAUGUAAGGGUCAAGAAGACUUCAGGACUCGGUUUGCUGGAGAGUGCCUCAUAGACAACGCAUGUCCAGCUGGCUGUACUUGCGAUGGAACCAUUGUGGAUUGCUCGGCUAGGAGUUUGAAAGAGAUUCCAAGGGAUAUUCCACUAUACACUACAGUUCUAUUGCUCCAAGACAACGAACUCACAAAGGUUAAAUCCGAUGGUCUCUUCGGAAGACUUCCAAAUCUGCUCAAGUUGGAUUUGAGAAGAAAUCAAAUCACAGGAAUCGAAGAAAACUCUUUCGAAGGAGCUUCUAAAAUAUCGGAAUUGCUCUUGUCCGACAACAAACUGCUAGAGAUACACAACAAGAUGUUCUUAGGACUUCACAACUUGAAACUGCUGUCUUUGAACAAUAAUCACAUCACUUGCGUCAUGCCUGGUUCUUUCGAUCAUCUUGCUUCCCUUCAUACACUUAAUUUGGUGCAAAAUCCCUUCGUUUGCAACUGUCACCUUGCUUGGUUCUCCGAGUGGCUCAAGAAUAAAGGACUGAGUGGUUCACCACCAAAAUGUAACAAACCAGACAGGGUCAAAGAAGUGCUCAUCAAGGAGCUGCCAAAGAACGAAUUCAAAUGCACAAGUGAUAAUGAUCAAGGUUGCCUUGGUGAAAACUACUGCCCACCUAUGUGUUCUUGUACUGGAACAGUCGUAAGAUGUUCCAGAGCAGAUCUCAAAGAGAUACCUAGAGGGAUACCACCAGAAACUUCAGAGCUGUAUUUGGACUUCAAUUUCAUCACCUCUAUCCAAGCUGACAGGUUGAGUCAUUUGAAAUCGUUAACUAGGCUGGAUAUAAGUAAUAAUCACAUAGGAAUGUUAUCAAACAACACAUUCUCCAGUCUUUCAAAGUUAUCUACACUCAUCAUCAGUUAUAACAAGUUACAGUGUAUUCAACAGAAUGCUUUAGAUGGUCUUGGCUCCCUCAGAAUUCUAUCUCUACAUGGUAACCAAAUAUCUAUGAUACCAGAGGGGACAUUCUCCAAUUUGAAGUCCAUUAGUCACAUAGCUCUAGGUGCCAAUCCUCUCUACUGCGAUUGCUCUUUGAGGUGGCUGUCAGAAUGGGUCAAAGUUGACUAUGUGGAGCCUGGAAUCGCCCACUGUUCAGAACCGCCUAGCAUGAAGGAUAAGUCUAUUUUGUCAACGCCCUCAUCAGCUUUUGUAUGCAAAGGUAAAGUGAGCAACGAUAUCCUGGCCAAAUGCGAUGCAUGUUACACGUUUCCCUGUCGCAACGGCGGAGACUGCGUCACCCAACCAGAGAGGGAUUACACCUGUAAGUGCGCGCCGGGAUAUCACGGCAAGAAUUGCGAAUUCAUGAUAGACGCCUGCUAUGGAAAUCCUUGCAGGAACGACGCCACGUGCAAAGUACUCCAGGAGGGCAGGUUCAGUUGUGUGUGCCCACCGGGAUUCACUGGUUUGAGAUGCGAAACGAACAUAGACGAUUGUGCCGAGAAUAAGUGUCAAAAUAACGCUACAUGUGUCGAUCUCAUCGACUCCUAUCAAUGCAAGUGCCAAGCAGGUUUCAUGGGCGAUUACUGUGAGACCAAAAUACCAUUUUGCACCGACAAAUUCAACCCCUGCAAGAACAACGCCAGAUGCGUUGACCACAACACCUACUACACCUGCGAGUGUCUUCCUGGCUUCAAAGGUCCAAACUGUUCCAUAGAUAUAGAUGACUGCGAAAGUCACAUGUGCCAAAACGGUGCAGCAUGUAUUGACGGCAUCAACGAAUACCACUGCAAAUGUACAGGGGACUUUACCGGAAAAUUCUGCGAAAUAACGCCCAUGGUUGCCAUGAUGUAUCCUCAAACGUCACCUUGUCAACACCAUGACUGCGUGCAUGGCGUUUGUUUCCAGCCUGCUGGUUCUAACGAUUACUUGUGCAAAUGCGCACCAGGAUACUCUGGCAAAAAAUGUGAAUACCUUACAAGUUUGAGCUUCACCCACAACACUUCAUACGUAGAGCUGGAACCUUUGAGGACAAAACCUGAAGCUAACGUCACCAUAAUCUUUUCCACAACUGAAGAAAAUGGCGUUUUACUGUACAAUGGCCACCAGGAGCAUUUGGCUGUGGAACUUUUCAAUGGAAGGAUAAGAGUGAGCUACGACGUUGGAAAUUACCCAGUCUCCACCAUGUACAGUUUUGAAAUGGUAUCCGAUGGAAAGUACCAUGUGGCAGAACUGAUAGCAAUCAAAAAGAACUUUACAUUAAGAGUUGACCGAGGCUUGGCUAGAUCGAUCAUAAACGACGGUGCUAAGGACUACCUGAAGUUGUCAACUCCAAUGUAUUUGGGUGGAAUACCACCUGAACCUGGACAACAGGCCUUCCAACAAUGGCAUCUGAGAAACAUCACCAGUUUCCAUGGCUGCAUGAAAGAGGUGUGGAUCAACCAUAAACAAGUCGACUUUGGUAACGCCGCCACCCAACAGAAGGUUCAACCAGGCUGCAGCAUGAUGGAGGCGGGAAAGGAAGAAGACGAAGAUCACGAACAGCAAGAAGACGAGAUGGACGGCAUGAUCAAGGAGCCUGCAAGUCCGCCAGAUCCGUGCCUGGUGAACCAUUGCAAGCACGGCAGCAAAUGCGUGGGACUUGAAAAUGGUGAAUAUUCUUGCAAAUGCAAGGCAGGGUACAGGGGGAAGUACUGCGAGCAAGGUGAGGAAGAAUCCCCUACUUGUCGAAAGGAACAAGUACGCGAGUAUUAUUCUGAAAAUGGAUGCAGGUCCAGGAAACCACUCAAGAUGGCCAAAUGCGUAGGUGGCUGCGGAUCAAGUUGCUGUCACGCAAGAAAGAGUAAGAGGAGAAAGGUCCGACUCAUCUGCAGUGACGGCACCCGCUACACCAAAGACAUCGAUAUUGUGCGCAAGUGCGCAUGUACGAAGAAAUGCUACUGACUGACAGAUGCCGCUAUUCACAUUUCUGACGCGCAUUCGCAACACCGGAAUGCGUUACCAGUCGAGCCUGACCAGCUCGAAGCUCCCCGUACAGCACCCAUGACAUCAAAGGAUCUCAGACAUGAACAGUCCGUUGGACAAACCGUAGUUCCUGAAAUACCCGCCAUCACCACCGAUUCGAACCAGCCCUACAAGUUGACGUUCUUCAUCGAGAACGAGACCGAGGAGGCCAGAGGACUCCAGCUGACCGAUUUCAGCCAGUCCCACCUGAAGCCCGAGCAGUAUUACGAUGAGCUGGUGGUGGAGGGCUACCAAGACCCCCAGGACAAGAUCAGACACCCUAGACACGUGUCCCAUGAGCCACACUGUAUCAUGUCGGCCUUUUUGUAUUUCAUCACCAUCACCACCGUGGUAUACCUCUGCAUCAUGUGGGUGAAACGACAGAUGCACAUCCACAUGGAGCAGAUGUAUUGGUGGUGAGAUCUGGUUCAAAGGGUUAUUUUAGGAUCGUAUGAAAUUUUCGUGGAUUGUAUAUUUGAAAGUGACUAUAACGCUGGAAGCCACGUUUUCGCACUUGUAAUUUCGGUCCAAAGGUGGAGUUGGUGUGGUUAGUCGGGUCCAUCACUUCCUUGUAGAUAUAACUCGUCAUAGAAUUUGUCGAUUGAUGCAGUUCUUAGCGAAAAACACAGGGUGAGCUCACAGGUGUCUUUCUUUUAACAGGAAGUGACAAAUCAUCUUAAAAUAAUUCCUAAUGAAAUCGUGUACAAAAAGUGUUCACCGUUAGUUUGAUGUGUGCACAGUCUUGCCCGGAGUGAUAAUAAGUGUGUAAAAGCAGCAAAAUAAAAUCAGUUUGCCAAUGAAUAACUUCACGAGUACUUUCUAUGCGAUAUCUUGAUUCUUCAAAAGUUAUCACGUGUUCUUGACUAAACACCGAAGUUUUUAAAAAAUCACAAGCGACAAGAUGUGCAAGGUUUACUUAACAUGCGAGUGUUAAUAUAAUCCCUAUCUGCGUAAUUUUUGGUGAAUUUGAUUUAUUAUGACGAGUUCUACCUAGUGUCAAAAAAAGACAUCUCUGAAAACACUUUUAUAUGAAUACUAGAAGACCUAAUCUUCAACGAACUUUUUACGAAUCAACUAUACUGAAAUUCGAAUAGUUAAAGUCUACACAAAUAAUUCUACAUGUGUUUUAUAGCAGCUCCUUCUGGUCUAGAGGAGUUAGUACAAAGGUGCUGAUAGUGAUAGAUCAAGUUUAAACACCGACUCUUUCCUUUGGGUGCUGAACAGAAAUUUCAUACGUCUUGGAAAUUGCCAAUCGAAUCACUUCUCAUAUUUAUAAUUUAUAACUGUUGCAUGAGACCAGUAGAUGAAUUAGAUUCUGCAUGUUGAAACAUGUAUGUUAAUGCGCCUAUAUAAGAGUAUUAUAUAUAGGAUAAGAUCAUAAAACACCAUAGAAGGAAGUAUCUUUGCAUCGUUCAGUAGGACACAUAUCAUUUUUCUAUUUUGUUCUCAAAGUUUUCAGUAUUUAGAAUAUAGGACAGGUUCGAACUUGUUCAGAUGUGAAGAUGGUUCCCUUAGUGAUUCAAAACAUCAGACUGGCUCCUAGAGAUACUGGGUACUUUUUUACGGAAAACCGAAAUAGAUCAGGCUGAAAAAAUUGACUGAAUAAUUCCAUGAACUACCUGAGAGUUAGAAAUGUGAAUAGCGGCAUGCCCCUUAAUUUACACCAAGGUUACUAAUUUUAGUAUAGAUUCACGUGUAAAACACUACAAAUAGAGGUUUAAUUUAAAUGUAUUUAAUUUAUAUUUGAAGAUUCAUAUGUUUAAGCUCGAGAAAUCCAGACAGAUGACUUGAGACCCAAAAUACAUAAAUUAUGGAAAAGUAUCGCUCUGUAAAAAUAACUUUGGUAUAUUAAUCUUGUUCAGAUUCGUGUCUGAUUUAUGUAUUUUGGGGUGUAUUUUUAAGAAUUUGAUUUUUCUGCAUGAAUAAUGCAAGGUGAUACGAAAAAAUUUCUGAACUAUAGAUUUGGUUAAAUGUUACCACCAGCAUACUUUGCGACUACUAUUUAAAAUGUCAAAAAAAUUCUUUCCACAUAGUUUUCAUAUUAUGAUACAUAUUACAGCCUGGAAAAUAAAUUAUUAACACAAUAAUCAAAUUAUAAAAUCUAUAAUAAUUAAUUUUUUUGGCACUCAUAAAAUAGAUGAAAGGUCGAAUUUGUAUAUUGAAGAGUUACGAAUAAGUUUUUGAAAUUUUCCUAUUGUAAUUAAAAUUAGACAGUUUACAAUAAAGUAUAUAUACACCAAGUUUUGUAUCAGAAAAUAUUAAUUUAUGCCUAAUGAUAACUGUAAUUUAUAUCCAAACUUGUGUAUAAAAUAUAUUGAAUUUAACGGUAA